AACAAAAAUGAUAGUACAUGUGACUUAUGUGAUUUUUCCCUAAAGAUAAUCUUGACCGUUCAUCAUCAGCACAGCAAUGAUGUGCUGAGUUGAGCGGGUUGAUUAAAAGCCCCAAAACCCUUUAAAAACCCUAACAUGAUCACCAGAUGCAGAAUCAUUGAAUCGCAGCAAAUAGGGCCUUGAUCUUUUGUGUUUGAGUUUAGAAAUUUUGUGUUAAUUUGAUGGAGGGAUUACAGAAAACGUUCCGUACAUUUUAUGAAGACGCCAAAAAUGGCUCUUCUUCUUCCUCAUUCAACAAACCUUCUGGAGUGGACGCUUUGUCAACAGACAGUUCUAGGGUUCUAAUCACCAGACCUCCCAGACAAGUCGUAUCACUAUGGACCUGCUCAAAGCUUUGUGCAAUUUUCUUUGUUGCUGGAGUCGUCGUUGGUUUCACUCUUAAGCGACGUGUCAAACGCUGGGCUUCAAAAGUUCUCAGGAGAUUGAAGGAUGACUAAGGGCGUCUGAUCUUCAGAUUCUCAUGCCCAUUCACUGUAAUCAUCUAUAUCAUCCGAACAUGAAUGCGCUUACAAUACAGCAGGUUUGAUUCAAUAUAUAUGGCUUCCCUUUGUAAACAAGCUAUUCUCAAACAAUUUGCAAUUAUUAAAACGUUAGAUUCUUGGCAUUCAGUAUCAUGUGUUUCAAACAGAUUGAAUUUUGUGCUGAACAGCUAUUACUGUCUUCAUCUAAAAAAUGAUUGUGUUCUAUAA